GAAGACCGUCCUGACGGACGAGUUAUAUGCCGCUCGUAUGAUCACCACCGAGGACUAUCGCCAAUUCGUCCUGUAUUUUCGUCACAUCUCCCAAUGUCGGACGUUGAAGAGGAAUCGGCCGAGAAGCGGCUGAAAAUUGUGCUCGUGGGUGACUCCGGUGCUGGCAAAACCAGCAUCGUUCAAAAGUUUUGCAACAACGAUUUCACGAGGCAGUAUAUACCCACCGCAGGCAUCGACUUUUUUCUCAAGAACAUCAGCAUCGGCAGCUAUAAAAAUGUCAAUCUACAUUUAUGGGACGUCGGCGGGCUCGCUCUGCAUGGCAACAUGUUGGAUAAAUACGUUUUCGGAGCACACAUCAUUCUUUUGGUAUACGACGUAACGAAUAGCUCCAGUUUCGACAUUUUGGACGAGUGGCUCAGUAAAAUCAAAAGUUUCAUUGAAGCUUACGACGAAAUACCUCUGAUAGCGGUAGUAGGUAAUAAAUGUGACAUGGAACAUCAAAGGACAGUUAAGAGAGACAGGUCGCAUCGAUUUGCCGCGGAAAACGGAUAUCCUUAUCAUGAUAUGUCUGCAAGAACUGGAGAAGCGGUAUCUUUAUGCAUAGCAGGUUUGGCAGCUCAAGUUUUAGGUGUUCGAUUAACAAGAACGGAUCAAGAUUUUCAUAAGCCUAUCAUUAUCGCUGAAAUUGGUGACACAGUAGAUAUAAAUUCAAUACACAAAGUCGUCAAAAGGUUUCCUACUAAAAAGCAAUUUCCACUUGCGUUUCAUCCCCGUUUCCCUGCUUCGAAAUCUACAGUGUGUGCACUACAAUGAUAAUCAUCAGAUAUUUUUCAAUAACGUUAUAUAUAAAUUUUAUUUAUUUUUAAGUACGUGUUCAU